ACCAGCGGCGGGAAAAGGAGAGCUCCGGGACCACAGAGCCGCGCGCGGAGCGACAAUGAGCCGCGCGGGCUGCGCGCACCUCGCCGCACUGGAAGCGUCUCCUCUCCGGAAGCGCACGACGUGAUGCGCGCUGCUGCGGGAUACGGUUCGCGUCUUUCACCGGACAGGAUGGCGGAGAUGUGGAACCACAACGCCACGUCCUCGUGGAACCGGUCUGCCGCGGAGCAGAACCGCUUCAGCAGCCUGGACGACAUCGACGUGCCGGCGGACGGCUCCCCGACGCUGCGCAUCCUCAUCUCCCUCGUGUACUCGGUGGUGUGCGCCGCCGGGCUGGUCGGGAACCUGCUGGUGUUCUUCCUGAUGAAGGCGCGCCGCGGCCGGAGGAAGCGCUCCAGCAUCAACCUGUUCAUCCUCAACCUGGCGGUGACGGACUUCCAGUUCGUGCUGACUCUGCCCUUCUGGGCCGUGGACAUGGCGCUGGACUUCAGCUGGCCCUUUGGAAACGCCAUGUGUAAGAUCAUCCUGUCCGUGACCGUGAUGAACAUGUACGCCAGCGUCUUCUUCCUCACCGCCAUGAGCGUCACCCGCUACUGGUCCGUGGCGUCGGCGCUGAAGGACCGGACCCGGCGGCGGGUGUGCCCGGUGCGCUGGGUGAUCGCGGCGCUCUGGGUCUCGGCCACUGUGGCCACUCUGCCCACCGCGAUCUUCUCCACGGUGAAGAGCGUGGCCGGGGAGCGGCUGUGUCUGCUGGGCUUCCCGGACGGUCAGUCGUGGCUGGCGCUGUAUCACCUGCAGAAGAUCCUGGUGGCCUUCGUGUUCCCCAUGCUCAUCGUCACCGUGUGCUACCUGCUGCUGCUGCGCUUCGUCCGCCUGCGCAGCAUGAACAACAACCAGGUGAAGCGCAGGUCCCGGGUCACGCGCUCCGUCACCAUCGUCGUCCUCUCCUUCUUCAUCUGCUGGAUGCCCAACCACGCCAUCACCCUGUGGGGCGUGCUGGUCAAAUUCAACGUGGUCAACUGGGAUAAGACGUACUACAUGGUGCACACGUACGUGCACCCGGUGACCGUGUGCCUGGCGCACACCAACAGCUGCCUGAACCCGGUGCUCUACUGCCUCAUGCGCCGCGAGUUCAGGAAGAAGAUGAAGGACCUGUUCUGGAGGAUCUCGUCCCCGAGCGGCGCCAACACCUGCCACCUGCGCCCCUUCUCCGGGACGGUGAGAGCGGAGCCGGACGACACGCAGGUGGUGAUCCCGCUCAACAACGUGGAGACGGAGAACUGCAGACUGUCGGUGUUAACGGACCAGUGCGACACGGAGGCGCUGCAGAGGUGAACAUGUGCACGUGCCACCGGGACUUCCUGGAGAGGCUUCAGCUUGAUGUCGUGUUUUCUGACUUUGCAUCAAAGGGAUUUUUAAUCAUUUAUGAAUAUGACAUUUGUUUUGACAUGUGUGAAACAUUAAAGGAGAGAGGGGGAAAUGCGCACAGUCGUGCGUAAAGUGCGCGCCAUGCAGGGCACGAUGCGUAAAAACCACCCUGCAGCUGCUGCUGCUGCUGCUGCCGUGACGCUGUAGUUUGUUUGUUUGCUUGUGUAAAGAUGAAGGAUUAUUUGCCUGCUUUUUUUGUUGUUUUCUCGAUAUAAAUGGAUGUCACGUGUUCAGCCCGCUCCCGGUUCUCCUCGUCCUGCUCCUGCUGCCCCUGCUGCUCCUGCUCCUGCUGCUCCUGCUGCUCCUGCUCCUGCUGCUCCUGCUGCUGCUCUAAACAUCAUCUGUGCAGUGUUGUUGACGUUUGCUGUGGCUGAAGUGUAAACAUGUACAAGCUUUGAGUCCGUGAAUGUAAAAAAAAGAGAAGAAAAUCAAUGUCAGCAGAAUAAACGAGUUCCAGUGAGA